UGGUGGCCAGUGACGGGACAGGGGGCAACUGGCCCAAACUGGGAGAUGGGAAGGUCCAUCUCACCACGAGGGUGACGGAGCCCUGGAAGAGGUUGCCCAAAGGGUGGGGGUCUCCAUCUCUGGAGAUGUCCCAAACCCAUCCCCAACCUACUGGGAUGGGGUGGGUUGAACUGGGAGUCAGGGGAGGGUGUCCAGAGGUUCCUAUCCACCACCCCCCAGUUUGGGAUUCUGAUUUUUGCCCCUUUUCCCAGGAAUUCAGCCGGUUUUUCCGGCGGCGUCACGGGCGGAGCGUGGCCCUGAGAGACCGCAUGGAGUUCCUCAACGGCUGGUACGUCCUCCUGGUCCUCGGGGACGUCCUCACCCUCCUGGGGACGCUCAUGAAGAUCGGCAUCGAGGCCAAGAACUUCUCGGACUAUGACGUCUGCAGCAUUCUCCUGGGCACCUCCACCCUCCUGGUCUGGGGGGGCGUCAUCCGGUACCUCACCUUCUUCCGCAAGUACAACAUCCUCAUCGUCACCCUCCGGCUGGCCCUGCCCAACGUCAUCCGCUUCUGCUGCUGCGUGGCCGUCAUCUACCUGGGCUACUGCUUCUGCGGCUGGAUAGUCCUGGGCCCGUAUCACGUCAAGUUCCGCUCCCUCUCCAUGGUGUCCGAGUGCCUCUUCUCCCUGGUCAACGGGGACGACAUGUUCGUCACCUUCGCCGAGGUGCAGCCCAGCAACCCCUUGGUCUGGCUCUUCAGCCAGGUCUACCUCUACUCCUUCAUCGGCCUCUUCACCCUCAUGGUCCUCAGCCUCUUCAUCGCCCUCAUCACCGGCUCCUACGAGAGCAUCAAGCACCAGUGCGAGGGUGACCCCCCCGUGUCUGAGCUCCAGGCCUUCAUCGCCCAGUGCCAAGACAGCCCCAAAUCGGGCAAAUUCCGGAGCGACACCCCCUCGUCCUGCUCCCUCUUCUGCUGCUGCGAGCGGGCUCCGCUGCAGGACAACACGCUGCUGGUGAACUAAUCCCACCCCGGACCCCCCCGUGAGCUUUUAAUUUAUUUUAAUCGUUUGCUUUUAUCGACUCGAAGCCCCCCCC